AUGGCAUCCGACGACCACUCCCGGCCUUCCACCCCGGACCGGGUCUCUCGCUCUUCUUUUUCCUCCAUCCGCGAACACGACAACAUCCUACCGCAAUCCUUCACUCAAUCCAAGAUCUCGUCCUACUUCGGUGCCGACUCCGAAGAGGCCAUCGACUGUACCACCACUGCCAAUAACAGCCCUCCCCUCACCCCCGGCUCGUCGUCCACUACCUCAGCCCGGGCGCUCAACAUGAUCCAGACCCAGUUCCAGCCUCCUGUCACGAACCCCAGCAGCAGGCUCCUUGGUUACUGGACUCCGGCGGAUAGUUUUCAGGGAUGGAAGGGCAUCCAGGUGAAGGGCAAGCUCGCGAGCAAGAGUUUUGGUGAUCUUCAGGUCUUGAACCAGGUCUUUAGCCAUCCCCCUUCACGCCCGACUAAGCGCGGCCAGAACAGACCCGGCGAAGCUAUCAUCGAGCGACUACCCACCGAGAUCUUGAGUGCCAUCAUCAAUCUCCUCGCUCUCGAUGUGCCCCCCAAUGGCCUCACGAGACGCAAUAUCGAUUUGAUGUCGUUGCUGCUGACGUCUAGGACGUUGCACGUGGCCACCCUCAGCACCCUAUACAGCAGAAUCACGAUCCCCCACUCACGGAUCUUCCAAAAGUUCCUCGCUCACAUCUCUGUCCACCCAAACCUGGGCACGAUUGUGCGCCGGCUCGACUUCUGCCACUUCAACCCCUCGCAGCUGUUCUUGACAGCUGCCGAGCGCUCCAAAGCGCGUAACCUCACGUCUGAGACCCUCCUCCAGUGCCUAGAACUGACCCCUCAUUUGCAAGAGUUCCUAGGCCAGGAGUAUAUCGAUGAGGAUCUCGAUGGGGCUGUGCUGCAGAAGCUUUUCCUCGGACUUCCCCAGUUGAAAGCGAUCGACUUUUGCGGUUGCACCUCGGCAUCCUUCAAGGAAGCCUUUACCAACAUCAUCUCGCCCAACUGGCCGAAUGAGCUGACAGUGCAGCGAUUGUCUCUCCAUAAGUGCCUGACGCUACCAUCGUCGGUCUUCGAGGCAAUCCUGCCACGGCUAUCCCGACUCACGCACCUUGAUGUCGCCGGCACGCGUAUAACAGACGCGGCACUGGCCUCGAUCCCACCCACGGCGCGCAUUACGCACUUGAAUAUCACCAAGUGCACGUUGCUAACGGCUCGCAACGUGAUCGAUUUUCUGGCGAACCAUCCUGCCGUCAAGGAGCUCCGGUUCCUGAGCCUAGCGGCCGAUGCCCGCAGCCAUCAGACCUUCGAUCCCGAGAACGUGACCGAGCUUCUCCACAUCCUCCCGGGGACGCUGAAGUCGCUGAACCUGAAGGGGAGCAAGAUGACUGCUGCACACAUUGAUCUGCUGCGGCCCUUGACGAAGCACCUCGAGGAGCUUGCAGUCGGGCGCUCGCUGACGAUGCGGGACAUCAACCGGUUGUUCGUGCCGGACGAGGAUGCCGAUCCGGUCGUACAGGCCGAGUGGGUGCCACACACGCUCCGGUACAUUGACCUGUCGGACUUUUGGGGCCAGGAUAUCGACCUGGUUUACCUGUUUGGCAACGCGUGUGUGUUGCUGCGGCCGUUCUCUGAGCCGCUCGAGGUGAUCGAGUUAGCCGAGGACGUCUGCCGGCGCGUCAGCAAGUCAUCGACUGCGCUGCAGCGUAUCGGCUGGCGGCUUUCCGAGUGUGGAAGCCGUGGGUGGCUCGUGAGACAGCCCGCCAAGGUUACCAACCCCAACGCUGGUGCGAUUGUUAACGUGCCGCGGGACGAUGGCCGGCGCACCUGGAAGAUGGGCGCCGAGUCGUGGGGUAUGCGGAAGAUUCCCGUUGCGCAUGCCGAGGUGGGCGGUAUGUAUGCCUCGCUCUACAUCUCCAAUGAAAUCGGCCGCGAAGUCGUCAACGCCCUCGGUGAACUCGGCCUGGUGCAGUUCCGUGAUCUCAAUGGGGAUCUUAGUGCCUUCCAGCGCGCCUUUACACAGGACAUCCGCCGUCUCGACAAUGUUGAGCGUCAACUCCGUUACUUCCACGCCCAGAUGGAAAAGGCCGGCGUCUCGCUCCGUAAGCUGGAUCUGGAUGUCGACACCCUUGCCCCGCCCACGACCACCGAGAUCGACGAGCUCGCCGAACGGAGUCAGAGCCUUGAGCAGCGCGUGUCUUCACUUAACGAGAGCUACGAAACGCUCAAGAAGCGCGAGGUCGAGUUGACAGAAUGGCGCUGGGUCCUCCGCGAAGCCGGCGGCUUCUUCGAUCGCGCCCACGGCAACGUCGAGGAGAUUCGCGCUUCUACUGAAGAUGACGACGCUCCGCUGCUGCAGGACAUCGAACACCACAUAUCGGCCCCGGAGGUCGAGCGCUCGUUCUCCGGCAUGAACAUUGGCUUCGUUGCCGGUGUCAUUGCCCGGGAUCGUGUAGCUGCCUUUGAGCGCAUCUUGUGGCGCACGCUGCGUGGCAACCUGUACAUGAACCAGGCCGAGAUCCCCGAACCGCUCAUCGACCCGGCGACCAACGAGCCUGUCCAGAAGAACGUGUUUGUCAUCUUUGCCCACGGCAAGGAGAUCCUGGCCAAGAUCCGAAAGAUCUCCGAGUCCAUGAGCGCCGAGGUGUACAACGUGGACGAGAACAGCGAUCUGCGCCGGGACCAGGUGCAUGAGGUCAACGCCCGUCUGAACGACGUCCAGAGCGUUCUGCGCAACACCCAGCAGACCCUCGAGGCCGAACUCGCCCAGAUCUCGCGUUCCCUGUCCGCCUGGAUGGUACUAGUCGGCAAGGAGAAGGCCGUCUUCAACACACUCAACAACUUCUCCUAUGACCGCGCCCGUCGCACUCUGAUCGCCGAGGGUUGGUGCCCGACCCACGAUCUGCCACUCAUCCGUUCCACCCUGCAGGAUGUGACCAACCGUGCCGGUCUCGCGGUGCCGUCCAUCAUUAACGAGAUCCGCACCAACAAGAAGCCACCGACAUACCUCAAGACGAACAAGUUCACCGAAGCUUUCCAGACCAUCGUCAACGCCUACGGCACCGCCACCUACCAGGAAGUCAACCCGGCCAUCCCCGUCAUCGUCACCUUCCCCUUCCUCUUUGCCGUCAUGUUCGGUGAUCUCGGUCACGCCAUCAUCAUGCUGUGCGCCGCGCUCGCCAUGAUCUACUGGGAGAAGCCACUGAAGAAGGUCACCUUUGAGCUCUUCGCCAUGGUUUACUACGGCCGUUACAUCGCCCUGGUCAUGGCCGUUUUCUCCAUCUACACCGGUCUUAUCUACAACGAUAUCUUCUCCAAGUCCAUGACCCUCUUCAAGAGCUCCUGGGAGUGGGAUGCCCCGCCCGAUUUCCAGACCGGCCAAACUGUCAGCGCCCGUCUCCGGGAUCCCAACUACCGCUACCCCUUUGGUCUCGACUGGCGCUGGCACGGGACGGAGAACGAUUUGCUCUUCACCAACAGUUACAAGAUGAAGAUGAGUAUUAUUCUCGGCUGGGCCCAUAUGACCUACUCGCUCUGUUUCUCGUAUAUCAACGCCCGCCACUUCAAGCGCCCCAUCGACAUCUGGGGUAACUUCCUACCCGGCAUGAUCUUCUUCCAGGCCAUCUUUGGUUACCUUGUGCUCUGCAUCAUCUACAAGUGGACCGUCGACUGGUUCGCCAUCGGGCAGCAACCGCCGGGACUGCUCAACAUGCUCAUCUACAUGUUCCUGCAGCCGGGCUUCAUCGACGUACCCCUGUAUCGAGGGCAAAAAUACGUACAGGUCGCCCUGCUGCUCAUCGCCCUCGUCCAGGUGCCUAUUCUCUUGUUCCUCAAGCCGUUCUAUCUGCGUUGGGAGCACAACCGCGCCCGCGCAAAGGGUUAUCGCGGGAUCGGCGAGCGUUCGAGAGUCAGCGCCAUGGAUGAGGACGAUGGUGCGAAUGGCGGUGCAAACGGGAGGUUGAGCGUCGAUAGUGACGGCGAGGGCGUCGCUAUGAUCGCGCAGGGGCAUGAUGAUGACGAGGAUGACCAUGGUGACGGACACGGCGGGGAGUUUGAAUUUAGCGAGGUUAUGAUUCACCAGGUCAUUCACACCAUCGAAUUCUGCCUCAACUGUGUCUCGCACACGGCCUCGUACCUCCGUCUCUGGGCUCUCUCGCUUGCCCAUCAGCAGCUCUCAGCCGUGUUGUGGUCCAUGACCAUGGGCCCGGCCCUCGCCACCUCAGGCAUCGGCGGCGCUAUCUUCCUGGUCAUUGUGUUUGCCGCCUUCUUCUGUCUGAGCUGUAUCAUUCUGAUUAUUAUGGAAGGUGUCUCUGCUAUGCUUCACUCGCUGCGUCUCGCCUGGGUCGAGUCGUUCUCCAAGUUUGCCGAGUUUGGCGGGUGGCCGUUUGCACCGUUUUCAUUCAAGCAGCUACUAGAAGAGUCGGAGGAGUUGAAGGAGUAUCUGGGCUGA